GGAGAGUAUAUUGCUCCUGAGAAGAUCCAGAAUGUAUAUUUACGCAGUCCCUUUGUUGCGCAGGCCUUUGUCAUUGGAAACAGCUUUAAGGUUUGUUCACAAUAUUUUUAAGCAUUGAAGCCAAAUAGCAGCUUGAAUAAACACAUUCUUCGUUUCCAGUCCUUAGUUGCCAUUAUUGUACCAGAUGAUAGAAGUGGAGUGAGACAGCUUUGUCAGGAUGAGGUAAAUAAAUUUACAGAAGGGGUGAGGGGUUAAAGGUGAGGGGUUCCAAGGGUCGGGGGCUGUGGUGCAAGGUGUAAAUGAGAAAGGCCCGUAAUAUUAUCCCCAGGCCUCCCAUGCAAGCUUGAACCAACCACAGGUUAACAUGGUCGUAACCAGGUCAAUGGGAUCAAACGCCAGUAAUUUUUUCGUCAUUGACUUUCUCCUGAUAUCUUUAAUUCAUUGCUUAUUUAUUUAUUUAUGUAUUUCUUCUUUUCUUUUUCGUUUGUUUGUUUGUUUUUUUUUUGCAGUUUUCCAUAGCUGAAAGAUGAUUUAAUUUUUCACUUUUUCAGAACUCCCUCCUCCUUAAUGUUCAAUGAUAAUCUAACAUAAAAAGCUGGAAAGUUCCUUUUUUCUUUCAUGGAAACGGAGUUAGCUGAGCACAUAACUGUGACUUUCCUUUCAGAUUAUAAAUAAAGUUAUAUUGGAAGACAUCUUGGCCAAGGGAAGAGAAGGAGAUCUUCAUUCAUUAGAACAGGUUAGGGUGUACGUCAUACAGUUAUUCACUCGUAGGUGACAAUGUCUAAUAGAUGUGGGAAAUGCUAAUUGUGAUGAGAAGAGUCCGGUUUGAAUUGUUUUCCUACACGAGACAGCUUAACUUAAGGAACUUUUUCUUUAACUUCCCCUUUACGCGAUAAUCAGAAGGAGUCUCCACGGCAACCAACAAACUUAAUUGUACCAAAUGAAGUCUCUCUACUUCGAGAGCAUGGACGAAAAAAAAAUUCGUAUUUGCUAACGAUGAAAACGAAAGCCAUCCUUAUAGAUCACAAUAAUAUCCUAUGUUUCAAAGGUCAAGAAAAUCUAUCUUCAUCCUGAGAUGUUUAGCAUUGAAAACGGACUUCUCACGCCAACCUUCAAGGCCAAGCGUUCAGAGAUACUCAAGACUUUCAAAGACCAAAUCGAGCGGCUUUACGAGGAGGUGGAGGCUGGAAAUUAA